UGACAUACUAACGUUGAUUCCAUGGAAAUGGAGAUGAGAUGCAAAGAAGAAAUAGACAUUAGUAUAGACAUAACACCAUAUCUCUUCCCACUCUCUUUCUCUCUCCACAACACACAUCUCCACACUCACUGCUCCUCUUGUUUCUCUCUCUUAACUCCCAAUAAUCCCACAACCAACUCCCAUCCCCCAUUCUACUGCUCCCCUCAAUGCUCAACCGCUCAUUCCUCCAUCCCUCUCUCCUCCGCCGAACACCACCUUCCUUCCUCCACAACCUCCUCCCUCCUCCGCACCGCUCUCCGCCUCCUCCUUCUUUACCCUCACGUCCCUUCCCUCUCGAAUCGAUUCAAUAACUUACUUACUAACCGUCAUUUGCUUACGUGUCAAAACGAUGACGUUUCCGAAACUAUUCGUCUCGGCGGCCGUGCUAUGGCAACUGCAAUUGCGAAGCAGAAUAACGGCGGCGGUGGAUUGAUAGAAUUGAUUGACGAUGAUGCUGUUUUGGAGAUAGCGACUGUUGCUCUAUGUGUUGUGCUAACGAACGCUGUGGAGGUGCACGAUAAUGAAGGAUGCGCACUUGGAAUUGCGGUUUUUGAACAUGCUUUUUCUUGGAUUAAUCAUAGUUGUUCCCCUAAUGCAUGUUACCGUUUCUCAUUCUCCAAUUGUUCUUCUGUGCUUUCUCUUGAAUCAAAACUUUGUAUUGCUCCGUUCACUCACAAUUCUCAACAACUAAAAAUAGAUAGUGAGGUUCUUGGUAGCAGUAGUGAAUUUGCUCAAGAAGGGCGGAUGAUCUGUGGCCCAAGAUUGAUUGUGAGGAGUAUCAAGAGAAUUAAAAAGGGGGAAGAGGUCACUGUAGCAUAUACUGACCUCCUGCAGCCAAAGGAAUUGAGGCAAUCAGAACUAUGGUCAAAGUAUCGGUUUAUUUGUUGCUGCAAACGAUGUAGUUCUCAGCCCUUCACAUAUGUGGAUCAUGCAUUGCAAGAAAUAUCUGUUUUCAGUGGAGAUUCAUCUGUUUUACGUUCCAAUUACAAGUUCUGCAGAGACACGGCUGAUAGAAGAUUGACCGAUUCAAUUGAAGAUGUUAUAUCAGAGUACCUUUUAGUUGGUGAUUCUGUGACUUGUUGUGAGAACCUUGAGAAGAUUCUUAUCGAAGGUCUAAAUGAUGAGAAGCUAGAGGGAAAUGAAAGAAAAUCACAUUUUAAAUUUACGCUGCAUCUUCUUCACCACCUCUCUUUAAGUUCCUAUACAACACUAGCUUCAGCAUAUAAAGUGCGCGCUAGUGAUUUAUUAUCUGUAGAUUCUGAAAUGGAUCUUAACCAAUCAAAAGCUUUUCAUAUGAGCAGGACCAGUGCUGCAUAUUUUUUGUUACUGGCAGGUGCAGCUCAUCAUCUCUUCAUUUCCGAAUCAUCGCUUAUCGCGUCAGUUGCCAAUUUCUGGAUAGGAGCUGGUGAAUCUUUGUUAACUCUUACCAGAAAUUCAGAGUGGAGUAAGUUUGUUAAUUUUGAUUCGGUUCUGUCAAACCUUGCUUCCGACACAAAUUUUGAAUGCUCUAAGUGUUCAUUAAUGGAUAGAUUUAAAGCAUGUACAUUAAAUGGUCAAAUCAAAAGUGAAGAAUUUGAGAAUGUAUCAAACGACUUUAUUCAUUGUGUCUCAGAUAUUACUCCUAAAGUUUGGAGUUUCCUUGUCUAUGGUUGCCAUUUUUUAAAAUCAUGUAAAGACCCUAUCAAUUACAAUUGGCUAACGUCUUUCGAAAGUGACUCAUGUUACACUCAUGAAUCUGAGAAUGUCAUCGGUGUUAGCGAACGGGCUUACAAUGAUCAAACAGGAGCACACAUUCUUCAACUUGGUGAACACUGCUUAACAUAUGGAAGAUUAUUGGCUUGUAUAUGUUAUGGUCCCCAUUCCCAGUUGGUUUCUCAUGUUCAAAAUAUUAUAGAUCAUUAAAAUAUAUUUUUAUUUUCAAGAAGAAUUCUGAUGUACAUAUGACAGCUUGUGAAAAAUUUGGUGUGACCAUGAAAUAAGAUUCUUUCAUUCUUUUAUGUUGAAAGCUGCUCAUGGCUUUGUUAUCAAGAUGA